AUGCACAAAAACAUCAUUACCAGUGACACGGUUGCUGUUAAACUUGAACCCAUAAUCGAUGGGUCAUCUUCUGUACAGCAUGAAUAUUAUAUUUUAAAACGACUCAAAGGUGGAGUUGGAAUUCCCCGCGCUUUUUGGUUCGGCAGAGAGUCGACAUAUCACACUUUAGUUCUUGACCUCCUCGGGUCAUCGCUGCACAAUCUUUUCCUUGCACAUAAUCGCAAAUUCUCCCUUCACACUGUUGUCAACUUAGCGGACCAGCUGCUCUCAUGUCUCGAGUACAUCCACUCACAUAAUUAUGUCCAUGGUGACAUUAAACUGCAGAAUGUCAUGGUGGGUCUCCAUGAUUUGAGGCACACUGCCUUUAUCAUUGAUUUUGGCAUCACAAAGGAAUACUGCGACACUUCAACCAGACUCCAUGUACCAUUCCAUCAUAAUCGACGUCUCACUGGCACUCCCGCCUUUGCCUCAACAAACAAUCACUUAGGAGUCGAGCCAGGUCGUCGUGACAAUCUCGAGUCACUCGCAUACAUGCUGAUCUAUUUCUUGCAUGGGUCUCUCCCAUGGUUAACCGGUGACCAUGGGAAGCUAUCUAGCUCUUCUAUGCUCGAGCGCAAAGCAAACACCACCAUUGAAGCUCUAUGUCGUGGUAUUCCUGUUGAGUUCGCUACUAUGCUUAUCUACACAUGCUCUCUUGCAUUCUCAGAGGACCCGGACUACGACCACCUUCGUUCAUUGAUUCAUGGUAUUCGUGCUACAUUUUCUGUACCAACAAUGGACUUGCUAGAUUUCAGCCAGUCCGGUGAUCCUGUCACAAUAGUCACAUGUUCCCCUCCAUUCUCCGGCGAAUGCUUGGUAGCUGAGGUGGUGACCCCAUGCCUGCUGAAGGUAAUGCCUCCUCGUAGAUCGACUCGUAUGUGA